ACGUGGCCAGUGGCCGGGCCUCCCUCAGUGGUUUCACGUGGCUUUCGGAGGGAAGGAGGGCAGUGCUGACUUAUGGUAAAGUGGCUGCGAAGGUCCAGGCCAGCAACACAGUCACUCAAAGUCCAGGUGAGUUAUCAGUAAGCACAAAGUGCCUGCAAGGCAGCGCUGGACACAGUCCUCCGGUAGACAUUAACUUAUUAAAUCCACCCUGCUGACAAAUAUAAACUUUGCCCCCAUCUCACCCGGCAACCACGAAGAGGUGGUGCCAGCUUAUAAAAGGCAGUGGGGACUGUCGCUCGUUCUAAGGCUCCCACAUCCUCCCUCCGUCAAGAUGUGGCACCUCAAGCUCUGUGCGCUGCUCAUGAUCUGUCUGCUGCUGCUGGGCCAGAUAGAAGGCAACCCAAUACCAGAACAGAGCUCAGUAAAAAGGAGGGUACGGAGAAUGACCCCUUUUUGGAGAGGUGUUUCCCUCAGGCCCAUCGGAGCCUCCUGCCGGGACGACUCUGAGUGCAUGACAAGGCUGUGCAGAAAGAGACGCUGUUCCCUAAGUGUGGCCCAGGAAUGACGCACGUUCGAGGGGAGCAGCGACGACAGCACCUGCAACGAUGCUCCGUUCUCUGGAAUGCUGACUGACUGCAUUUUGCCUGGAGACCCAUAAGUGAAGCGAUCUUGUGUUUUUAAUAUUUAAAGACAGACAUAUGCUUGAAAUAAGUCUCCAUUUCUUCUUAGAAUGUUGAUAUGUGGAUAAGCAUAACUAAACUUGUCAAGUUAGAGUUUAUUUUUCUAUGGAUAUUAUUAAAUGUCUCAAAUUGAAAUUCUGGCAGUCUGGGAUCGAACUUUGGGGGGAAGGAUUCACUUGGUAUACUACAGAGAAGCCAGCAUUGCCCAGUGACAACGUGCUAGCGUCUCAGUCUGGCAAGCGGGGUGAGGGUGAGUCUAGCAGCGGCUGCGCCAUGGGCCCUGGCGAGUCCCUGAGGUGGGCGGGGCUGGCGCCUGCCACCUAAUGAAGUGCCCACGUUUGUCUGCGACCGUCUCAACGUGAGGCAGAGCUGGGAAAAAUCUAGUUUAAUGAGACAAUAAACGCUCAAGCCACCACGAACACCAGUGAGGAUCUGAGAUCUCUGCUGGAGCAGGGCAAAUUCUGAUACGUGCGCAAGGACCCGUGGCCAGCGAGUUCAGAAUUUCUGUAUCAGAAAAUGAGACCUGGGCUGGUGGGACCAGACUCUCAGAGAAGAGUCCUGCUGGACCCUGCUGGACCCUGCAUGCACAGCAGGAGGUGCAUGAAAAAGGGCAAAGGGAGAGUUGAAGAAGUGUGAAGAGCACAGUGUUUAUAAACUUUAAUACAGAAAAUCUAUUUGAUAUUUAUUAAACUUAGUUUCUCCAGCUAUGGUUUGGCAUUAUACAAAGCAUCUUAAUGACACGGUAGAGUUAAAAAGAUCUUUACAAAUUGAAAUGUGAUACCCUUGUCUCCAAAUAUUUUAAUUGCCAUAAAUUCGUUUAAAAAUACACAUUAAACGCAUGUUUGACACUCUAAACUUUCUAUAAUUUCAAUACCACAAAAUACAUAUAAUAUACUAUACAGAUGUGGAAAAAUCUAGCUAGUACAUAAUACUUUGCUCACCGGCAACAGCUUUAUCGUGUGAAAUGCACAUACUGACUUAGAAAUCCUAGCUUUUGAGCCCCAAAGUACCUCUGAAAUUUUAAUGUAUUGCAACAAAUAAAAAUCACAGUAUAUAAUUGAAA